UCAGAUUAGCUUCACCUUCCACUUGUGAGGCAAAGCCUGCAUUUGAGAAUGGACCAGGGGGAAGGCAAGCAGCUCAGGCACUGCGGAAGCAUCCAGCAAGGGGAUCAUCUCCUCCUGGAGACACAGCCCUGAGAAGCGGUGCGGAAACCAACAGUUAUGCAAAGCCACUGCCAACAUAAUCACGAGCUGCUGUGUGGAGUCUUAAGUACCUCAUGGAAAAAUAACUCUGAAUUGGAAUUCUUCCCAAAAGCCAGCUUCGUUAAUGCUUUGACAACUGAGUGACCCUGGAAACAGAAGGGGAAUUCUUAUAAAUCACAAAGGAAAAUAAAUAACUUCACCCAUGGAGGGAAAGAGACAGCUUGAGAAAAGGGACUUUGGAAAAAGACUGUCUCUAGACAGUAGUCUUGUGGAAUACAUGGACUCCAAUAAAUACAUUGAGCAUCUCCUAACUCAGCUCGAGGAACAACACAGAAGUCUAUGGAGGGAGAAGUUGGCCGUGGCCCGACUCCAGCGAGAAGUUGCCCAAAGAAGAAGUGAGGGGGCCAUGCAUGAGAAGCUGAUGCAUGAAUUGGAAGAGGAGAGACACUUACGUCUUCAGAGUGAGAAGCGGUUGCAGGAGGUGACGCUGGAGUCUGAGCGCAGCAGAGUUCAGAUGCGUGGCCUGCAGCAACAGUUCUCCAGGAUGGAAGAAACAGUGCGAAAUCUAUUGCAGAGUCAAGGGCCUCCAGAGCAGAAAAAAGAAGAAACUGUUAAUAUAAUGAUCUAUCAGGAAAAACUGUCAGAGGAAGAGAAAAAACACAAGGAUGCUUUGGAAGGUCUUCACAUGGUGGUGGGUGAGGAUUCGAGGAGCGAAAGCAGCAGUGUAGACGAGGGGAAAGAAAACACCAAAUUGCUAUUGGAAAGAUUGAAAGCUCUAGAGGCAGAGAAUUCAGCAUUGGCUUUGGAAAAUGAAAAUCAAAGGGAACAGUAUGAGAGAUGUCUUGAUGAGGUAGCCAAUCAAGUUGUUCAAGCUCUUCUCACUCAAAAGGAUCUAAGGGAAGAAUGUGUAAAGUUGAAAACAAGAGUGUUUGAUUUAGAACAACAGAAUCGAACAUUAAGCAUCCUGUUCCAACAGCGAAUCAGACCAACUUCUGAUCUCCUCCAGAAACUUCACUCACGCAUCUUAGAUCUUUCAUCCGGAGAUUUGCUCUCAGAUGUGGGAAGAAGCGGAAGUCUGACGCAGUCACGAACUGAUGUUGAGAUGCAUGAAUGCCAGCUGAAUGCAAAAUCAGGAGCCCCUGCUUUGAAAUGCCCUGGUUUUGGGAUCGUCAUCCCUGGUCAUCUCUGUCCCCGAAACAGCUGCAGCAGCAGCGAAUUGUCUCUUUCGAGCACCUGCAGCGAGAACUCCAGCGGCUCCUCCCACACAUGGCAUGAUGGAAAGAACCUCAGGAAAAGGAAAUCAUCACAAAACUGGGAUAAAAGGCUAAGUAUUGACUCUUCGCUCCCAAGUGGCUUUGCUAGUCCUACAGAUGAACUACCUCCAACUCGUAUUAAGGAAAGUGACAUUUUGGAAGGACUAAGAAAGCUACAGAAGCGAAAGGUGUUACUUGAACCCCCAUCAGUGAUAACCAAAUGGGGUUAUAAAGAUUGCAUGAACUCAAAUGAAGGAAUAUAUUCUCCAGGAAUUAAGAGUAGCAGCCUCAAGGGGUAUCCACCCUGCAAACCAGCUGAUAUGAGGAGCCCCAGUAAGGAGCCCCAUGAGACGUUUGUUUAUGACACAGAUUCCCACGAUGAUGCUGAUAAUGAUUCUUCCUCCUUAGCCUUGCUCCACACAGUCCCAAACCACGGCUGCAGGCUGCACAGUCGUCAAUUAACCCACAGUGUUUCUGACAGCCUAUUUAGCUGGGAGCUGAACAGAAAACACUUUUCAGAAGGCACAUCCUCAGUUUACCCCAGGGAAAGGCCUGAGAAGCGGACCAGUUGUGCCAGCAACUGCCCCUUGGAGAGGAUGCUGUGCCCAAGUGCGCAGGCACCUCAGGCGCAGAGAGAGAGGGAGCCACGCGGCCAGGGCCGUGUGGCUCUCAGGCUGCAGCUUUCAGACACCGAUGACAAUGAAGCCUUUGAUGAGUUGCACAUCGGUAGCAGUGACGAGAAAAGCCAUUCAGACUUGUCACUGACUGCCGACACUGACAAAUCCAUGGAGAAUCUGGACAUCCUCAUGGGAUUUGGAAAAUCUCACCUGGGGUCUCCUGAUGAGGAGGAAACACAAGUGCCCAUCCCCUUAGAGAGUAGACCAAAGACAUUUAGCUUCAUUAAGCAGCAAAGGGUUGUAAAAAGGACUUCUUCAGAAGAAUGCAUUACCGUCAUAUUUGAUGCAGAAGACGGCGAGCCCAUUGAAUUCAGCUCUCACCAGACUGGCUUUGUCACUGUUACCAGAAAUGAAAUUUCCAUCAGUCCGGCCCCUACUGGGCCCAAGGCAGAACACACUGAAAUUUUACCUCAGGGAAUGGCUCAUUUACAGCCAGGAGCUGCAGCAAGAGACUACACUUUCUUGAAGAAACCUGAAGAGGAAACCGAGAAAAACAUUCCAAAAGAUGACGCAGAUAAUGUUACUGCAGCACCCACUGGCUCUUUCAGCUCCAGGACAGUCACACAAAAUAUUCAGCGACCAAGACCGGCCAAACCAAUGCUCACUGUGUCAUGUCAGAGUAAUUCUAGGUCUUCGGUGUCCAUGGGUAUCUAUCAAAAGCAAAGUCUGACAAAAACCCCUGCCAGAGGCAAGUCUUCACCUCAGAAAUCAAAAAUAAUAGAGCCUGAACCCUCCGCAAGAAUCCCCUCAUCUGGCCCAGUGUCUCUUGAAAAAUCACCAGCCUUAGCUCCUGGGAAGCUCUCACGGUUUAAGAAGACUGAGGGCCCAGCACCCCUUUUUGAUUUGCAGCCAGAUUCACACAUUCCAAAACACCCCGGCCAACUUCCUCACGGCUCCAAAAUGUCCAGCAGGAAGGAUUGGGUCCAGUGCUCCAAGAGUCAGAUUCCAGCAUCACAGUUUCUGCCAAGGCCCCUCAAUGAGCCAGGGAACAAUGGAGGACCUCCGAGAAGGGACAAACACUGUGACCCUGGGCCAGAGGCAGGGGUGAAAUCACCUUCCCCCCCACCCCCUCCAGACAGGUCAGGCUCCCUUCUCAUCAGGCCCAGUUAUGACUAUUUGCCACCACCCUCAUCUGCCAAGCCCGACACCAGGGUCCCCAGUGAAACAGGAAGGACCAUAUACAAAUCCCCGCCUCCGAAGGGAUCCUCUGCUCCUAUUAGCUCUUCUAAUCAGAUCCUGACAGAAGUGCCUGGGAAGAAACCUUCUGUGGCCUUCAAGAAGCCUGUCUUCACUCACCCUCUGCCCUCCACAGAAACACUGAUUCAAACCAGAUGUUCUGCUCAUACCCCCACCAGCUCAUUUGCUGUGAUGGCCCCAGGGCCCCCAAAGGUCUCUCCAAAGAGAGGUGUCCCCAGAACCCCGCCUCACCAAACGCUUGGGAUCGUACAAGCAGACACAGGGUUACGGAUUCCCAAGAACUGUCCUUCAGCCCCUGAGCCACUGGAAAUAUCAUCCCCCAAAAGUGUGUCUCCAGGAAGAAAAGGGCAACUGAAUGACUGCGUCCCCACAUCACCCAAGCCUGCCUUGUUAGGGGCAAAUGAGUCACCGUCAUCUCAGGGUAACAGUCACUCAUCAUCACCAUCCUCCAAAAGCCAUAACACCCCACACGGUUGUCAAAACGCUCAAGAGAAAGGACUGAAAACUCGCCUCCCGGUUGGGCUCCGAGUUCUCAUGAAAUCCCCCCAGUUGCUCAGGAAAAGCUCCACGGUGCCAGGGAAACAUGAAAAAGACAGUCUGAAUGAAGCCUCUAAAAGCUCUGUGGCCGUGAACAAGGCUAAGCCAGAGGAUGCCGGGAACCCAGUGAGCCUGGAGACCACAGUGGGUGAAAGAACUGUGACUCCACUGUGUGUUCACACACAGGACAGUUUGGCUGAAGGGCUUCCCCUGGAAACGGCAAUGCCAGAGCCAUUGGAUCAUAGCACCCCUGGGGUUGAUGGAAAAGAUGUGGUAGAAAACAGGGCUGUGAAAAGAUCCCUUUCCUCCAGUAAGCCACACCUAAAACCAGCUCUAGGCAUGAAUGGAGCCAAAGCCCGCACCCAGAGUUUCAGUGCUCACUCUGGGGAUAAGCCCCCAACUCCCCCCAUGGAAGGAGCAGGCAGAGUUCGAACUCAGAUUAUUACCAACACUGCAGAGAGAGGCAACUCCCUCACCCGACAGAGCUCCUCCACGGAGGUCUCACCCAACAAGACCCCAUCAUCCGCCAUGUCUGACAGUCUCCCCAGUGCUGGGAGACCCGUGGGACAUCUCUCCUCCAGGCAAGGCUCCCUAGGGAGUGCAGGAAGCAGCCCCAGUAGCCAGCAUGGGAGCCCAAGCAAGUUGCCUUUGAGGGUCCCUCCAAAAUCUGAAGGGCUCCUCGCCCCACGUGGAACGGAAGACGAGCAGAGCUACACAGAGGAAGGAUGCCCCACGGUGGUGGUCCCUGAGGAACCAAAGAGCGACCACUACAGAUGCCCACCCAUCCCGACAGACUGCCCACGAGCCCUGCAGAAUCCGGGGAGGACAGAGCGUCCACACAGCUUUGAAACAAGCAGGACCUCCAAGAUAGAAACUUCUGGAAGGUGUCCAGAUACUUCCACAACCAGGACUGGCGCUGUGAGCCCCGAAGCCCCCCUCUCACCCACAAUUGAAGAAAAGGUCAUGUUGUGCAUUCAGGAAAAUGUGGAAAAGGGCCAAGUGCAAACAAAGUCUCCCUCUGUGGAAGCGAAGCCAAAGCCGGGGCCUUCCUUUGCCAGCUGGUUUGGUUUUCGGAGAAGUCGACUUCCAGCUCUCAGUAGCAGGAAAAUGGAUGUCUCCAAAACCAAAGUGGAAAAGAAGGAUGCAAAAGGUUUGGGGUUUGGAAACAAACAGCUAAAAUCAGAGAGAAAAAAAGAGAAAAAGAAGCCUGAGCUGCAGUGUAAGACAGAAAAUGAGCCUCCCAGGAACACCAUGUUGACAGAAAGCCCAGACACUAGUUUACCAAGCAAAAAUAAUUUGAAAACUCCCCAAGGCAUUUAUGACCAAAUGAAGUUUGAACCAAGAAAUAGACCCAGCCCUGUCACAUGUUCAACAAAAGAUACAUUUAUGACGGAACUUUUGAACAGAGUUGAUAAGAAAGCCGCUCACCAGACAGAAAGUGGAUCAAAUAAUGUUUCCUGCAGGAGUGUGUUAAAGGGCAGCUCCCAGGGCUCCUGUCUCACCAGCAGCUCUACAAGCACUCAAGGAAACCACAAGAAAAACAUCAAAACCAAAGCCGAUGUGGAAAUGCAGAAAAGCUCCCUGAUAAAAGAAGCAAGUGGAAACCUGCAAGAGGAUGAAGAUACAGUCGCAGAGUCCACAUUUCAGAGCCACAUCAUAGAAUCAAACUGCCUGAUGAGGACACUGGACAGUGGGAUUGGAACCUUCCCCCUCCCAGACUCUGGAAAUCGCUCCACAGGGCGGUACACAUGCCACCCAGACUCCCCAGAGGACACGGAGCCCAUCCUGUCUCUCCAGCCAGCACUUUGUGCAGCCUCUUCUGUCAGAGCUCAGACCCUUGAACGAGAAGUGCCUUCCUCUGCAGACCGCCGCGCAUCUGCAGAUAAUGCCAUUGUUCAUUCCACCUCGGACCCCAUCAUGACCGCCAGGGGGAUGCGUCCUCUUGAAAGUCGCCUCCCCAAACCAGCCUCCUCAGGAAAAAUCAAUUCCCAAAAGCAGAAUGAAGCAGAGCCAAGGCCUCAGACCUGCUCGUCAUUUGAAUAUGCCGAAAACACAAUGGAACCUGAGCAGUUCCCAGACUGGGAGGGUGGAGACCCCACAGCUGAGACCCAGGACAAGGUACCCAGAAUGUGUGCGUACUCUGCCAGUGGUGGCAGUGAUAGUGAAAGUGACCUGCACUAUGGAAAUAAUGGUUUUGGAGCUGGAAGGGGCAAGUUAGUGAAAGCAAUGAAGAGCGCCACCCAAGAAAUUGAAACAAGUUGAAGAAACAAAAGAAGAUCCUGAGAAUAGAUUAUCUCAAAUUUCCCUGGAGUCAUUCAAUAAAUAUAACGGCAAAACUAUGAUUCUGU